AUGUGCAGGGCAUUCCCGACCACUCUGCGGGGAUCGGCCCGCGCGUGGUAUAGCGGUCUGAAGGCCGGCACAGUCGCUUCCUUCGACCAACUCGCCACGGAUUUCGAGCUUCACUUCCUGGCUUACGCUCGCCCAAAGCCAUCAAUGGCGUUGCUCCUCGGGCUCAACCAAAGGGAAGACGAGCUCCUCUCCCAUUUUGUGAACCGCUUUACGGCACAAAUUCGGGGACUGGCGGACGCUCACCCUUCUUUAUUAAUGCAGGCGUUCAUGAUGGGCCUGCGGCCUUCCAGGUUCUUUUGGUCUCUCGUGGAGCGACCCCCCACUGCGGUCCCUGAAAUGCUUCAGCGCGCCAGCCAAUUCAUCGCCGCAGAAACGUGGAUGGCCGGGAAGCGGGAGGAACACAAGAAGGUCAAGUCGGAGCCGCCCCGACAGCAGCAACCCUCCACAUCCCGGUGUAAGUUGGAUAGAUCCGACCCGAGGACUCCUCUCCCCACCUUAAAUUUGUCCCGAACAGAAAUAUUUCUCCAUGAGAAGGAGAAGGGACUAUUGAAGGAUCCUCACCCAAUGAGGAACCCGCAAGAGCUCGCGGACCAUUCUAAAUAUUACCGUUUCCAUCGGCAGCAUGGGCACGACACCGAACAGUGCCGUGAAUUGAAAAAGCAGAUCAAGGAGCUCAUUCGCAGAGGGCACCUCGGCCAUUACCUCCGGCCGGAAAAAGAGCUGUCACCGCGCCCGGAAGGCCCUAUCGAGCGGCACAUCAAUGUGAUAGCUGGCGGCCCCGCAUCGGGUGGGGGCUCCAUGUUAGGAAGAAAGGCGUACGCUCGAGCCGCCCCAAACGAAGCUUCCAGACACGGGCCCGAGCCCAAAAUUACUUUCCCAACCGGAGCAUCCGAACAGCCCGAGCACGACGACGCUCUCAUAAUAUCGGCCAAGGUGGCCAACGCGUAG